UUUUUCUGAGCUACCGUGUGGAUGGGUUUUCGGAGUGGACUGAGGCUGUUGUGGAUGUAUUAAGACUGUUUCAUCUUAACCACUGGGCUUGAGUUUCUGAAGCAGAACCUGCUUCAUAGUGUUUCGCGGUUUGUGAUUCUUUUCUGUUCGGUGGUCAAUCCGCGCUACGGUGAAGCUUUUGAUUCAGUUUCAAACUUACUGUGGCGGUGGAUUCUGCUUGAAUCGCUCCCUGCCACCACCAUGCUGUGGAGCAAUUUCCUCCGGUUUAAUUCACUUGAAGAAUUUGGAGGCAGUUUAUGCACGGCCAGGCAGCCGCUCUGUCGUGCAUCUCUGCACCGAGUUUUGAUCUUGCAAUCUCGGGAAUCACGGACAUCGUUAUGACUCCGGAAAGUUUUUUCUGCAAGCUCUUUGCAUCUGCAGGGGCAUGACAUUAGAGAUCAUGACUUUGAAUUCUCCAUUCCUCAUCAUAUGAUCGCCUGUGGGAUGCUCCGAAUACCGAAAUGCUGCCGAGCCCGUGGGUGGACAACAUUUCCAGGUCAUUGGGCGAGAUGCAGCAGGGACUCAGAAACUUUGCACCUUCGCUGUUUGCGGGCGUAAGAAUCAACGGACCUGAGAUUAAAGCUCUUCUCCAGCACAUUCGACUCCCCAGUUUUCUUUACAAAGACACGCAGUGCCUUACUCUACAAGAUUUCAGUGCGAGAAAUGGUGAGGCAUGGCUUGCGGCAGCCCUCGGGCUCGCAAAUUUUGUGCCGGGGUUUGUCAUGGGAUUCUUGAUCGGAGUGUUGGUGGAACUUCCAAAGGGCGGAAAGUCUGAGCCUGCAGAUGCCUCCUCGAAGAAGAGGUUGACUGGAGGCGGAGGAAGGCGGGGCCUGCGAGGUAACACUGGAACCUUCCGACCUAGUCACAGCGCCAGCACUGCUGCUGAAGAAGAAAGUGGGGAGCUGAAAAUGGUAUUUGUUGUCCGUCAAGACCUAAAGAUGGGUGCUGGAAAAAUAGCCUCGCAAUGUGCACAUGCUGCUGUUGGGACUUACGAGGAAUGUUUGAACAGGGGGCAACGACUAUUGCUGAGAAAAUGGGAGGAUUGUGGGCAACCCAAGAUUGUUGUAACGUGCAAAAGUCAGCAUGAAAUGAAUGAGCUGCGAGCGAAGGCCGAAAGGGCUGGCUUGCCUUGCUUCACGGUGGCUGAUGCGGGCCGAACACAGGUAGCUGCAGGGUCCAAGACUGUGCUUGCGAUCGGGCCAGGAGCGAAGACAACUAUCGACAAUGUCACUCGACAUCUGAGACUUUUGUAGCGGAGGACGCUUGUUCCUAUAUGUAAAAGACCUUAUGAUCUGAAGUUAGUAGGAAGUUUUAAGUAUUCUAUACUUCAUGAUUUUGAAUGUUUGUAAGUGAGUAAGGCUUGCAGGUACAAGUCAUACCAUGCUUCAGUGAGAUAAGCGUCAGCAUCUUGUAGGUAGUUACAGGAGAGUACUGCUGCGCAGUGAGAUUCUGCGGGAAAGUAAAUCAGUCACACUAUUUAGUAGAUAUUAGAGAUGAAGAAAAGACCGUAUCGGGUAGUGGUUUUUUCCAUACUAGCCACAUGCCAUAUCAUGUCCUUAUGAAUCAAGGUAAAUGAAGGAGGACUUGCCAAUUUUGAGGACGUUUUGAGUACAUGACAGGAUCCAAUCGGCUGGAAAUUCAUUACAGCAUGUGCUUAUUGACGA